CGAGGCAGGGGUGGGGAGAACCAGAAAGUGAGAGAGCACGACCCCCGGGAGGAGAGCGUGGAGCCGGGAGGGCCAGGCAUGCCGCACCAUGGCGCACCAUGGACAGGGCUCCGAGCUGGGCGGCACACACCCGUCUAGGGGGUUUCGGGAGAAAGCUGGAAAGACUGCAGGCGCCAGCCCCGUCCCGACCCUGCCGCACCCCCUCAACCGCCCCGCCGGCCGGAGCGCGCCAGAUCCUGACCCGCGAAGACUACGGAGCGGGGCGAUCCACACCACCUAUCCCCACCCCCGGAGCAGAAUAUUGUGAGGGCAAGAAAAGAAAAGGAGGCACUUCCGAGCUGCGUCUGCACUUUUCGGGGCUGCCAGCUGGCAGUAGAGCAACCCUCCCCCUAACCCGAGAGCUAUUUGCAGGGGGCCCCCUCCGCGGAUUUUCCUGCCAAGAGGCGAGGGCGAGCACGCCCCUUUCCCGCAGCCUCCGAGGGACCCCAGGGCAGGCGGAGACCGACUUGGGACCAGGGCACAGCACCCGCCCAGCUAGAGGGUCCCGGCCGAGGCUGUGCGAAGUGGGCUCCGGGCCCCGGUUGGCUGGUCGGAAGGAGCCUGGGGGCACCCUGGGGCUGGAGGCGGUGGAAAGUUGGGCUGCGCCGGGCUGGGAACCCGCAGCGCGCAGCCCAACGAGGAGAGGGAACCUGCACCGGGACUGGAGCAGGUGCUUCCUGCCGAGGAGGAGCCUCUUAGUAGAGAUUAAAUGAAAAGGCUCGCGGGCGCUCUCCCGAGGGUGUGAAAAGUACGGAAAGCUCCAGGCGAAGGCGCCCCCGGGGCGCAGGCAGGGCAAAGGCAGCCGGACAGAGGGAGAGGAGCAGCCGCGUAACGGAACUUCUCGCCUCGGGGGAUACUGGGCGUUGAGAGGCCAGACUAAGUCUGGAGGCAGAUGAGGGUCGACAGAGACUCCUCGGGGCAAGGCGGCCAGGUUUUCUUUCCAGACCCAGACUGGCAACUUGACAAGCCAUUGGCCCAGUGUGGACAUGCUUGGAGCAAAGAAGACUGAAGGACAAGUAUGCGCUAUCCUUUGGUAGCUCUCUGGGAGGCCAGAAUGUGACUAUCAUGGAGCCCUUCGAUUCUAACAGAGAUCCUUUCUCUAUAACUAAUUCAACGCAUGGCUAUAUGGGUAAUUUUGAACAAGUGGAUCUUUCUCCAACCUGAAAGGCUGCCAGGACAAAAAGGGAGUGAGAAAAAGAGGGUUUCAAAAGGAGUCAUAGAGAACCACAAAAUAAUCACGAAGCACUUCUGUAUUGCCACAAUCUCCUUACAGAAGUGCAUUGAGAGGUGGUGAUAUGGAACAGAGAGGACAUAUCAUUGCAAUAAAAUACUCUAUAAUACCUGGGACAAGAGUUGGAAAUGAUUUUGUCAUCAAAUAGAACACCAAAACUGAAGGAAGUAGGACUAUGUCUGCUGGUAAGGAAUUUUUAAAGAAUUAUUAUAGCUCCCCUCAUUAUUUUUCAAAUAUUCACAUUGCAGUGUAAUAUGAAAUAUUAGAAAUAUAAGACUAGAAAUAUAAAGUAGAAACUGCCAUUUCAACUUUCAUGUAUCACAUUUAAUGAAAAAAACCUUUUAGUCAAAUAUUACAUUAUACAAGUGUAUAAAUUAUGAUUAGUUACUGUGAAUUUAGAUAUGACUAUUUUAUUGAAUCCAAUGUGUCAGAAUAACUUAUUAAAGAGGGCUCAAUUUAUCAGACCUGUAAAAUUCUCACAAAUGGAAUACAUUCUGAGUUAUAGCAUAGUAGUAAUACUGCAGUAAGUGGAAGGAAGUUUUGAUUUUGCAAAUGGCAAUGGAAAUCCUUUCAUAGUACCCAUGAAAUGAAAACAAUCUCAAUAAAUUAAAAUAGUUUAAAAUAUGUUUAAAAUAUGUAAUAUCUGUUAAAUUUCAGUUAAAAAGGAAACCAAACAAGUAAUAACUGGGAAUAUGGCAAGGAGUGAUUCCUGGGAGUAAAAGAAACCUUAUUUAUGACAGGGCCAGGUGAGACACAGGGUAACUUGUUUCUGAGUCCAGACAUGUGGUCCUACAUUGCUUAAAUAUUCCUUAUCAGAGAGAAAAUUGAUACUAGAUCCUGGAGCCUGGCUGAGCCCACAAAUGGGGAUCCAGUGGGGGUACAUUGCCAGGAGAUGGAAUUCUGUAACAAAAGCUCUACAAUUUUAAUAUGUGUCUCUUUAUGUUGUCAGUUAGGCUGUGUCAUGGGUGUAAGUGAUAUGUUAGAAAUAAGGUUUAAUACAAGAGGCAAGACCAGGUCAGGGAUGGUUUGGAAUUCAUUCAUUCAUUUUCAAGCUUUGUACAUGUAGAUUUUAGAGUAAAAAAUUAUCUACACAUUAAGUUGAAAAGAGAUACCUAUUGAAAGAACCCAAAGAGGAAAGUCAUGUUAGAGGGGUAUUUUAUGAGAAUUUUUCAGUUGCAGAAUGAUUUUGGUGAUUAGAAUCAGGGAGUACACUCAGGAAACUUAUGGUGUUUCCCAUUCAGGUGUGGCAUGAUAAUACCUUGAAAUUUUAACUAAUUUGUUUGCUUUUCUACACAUUCUUCUUCAUCCUUCUCUAUUCAGUCAGAGGUUUUCAGGAAAAUUAGGAUGAUUAAGACAGGAUUGCAAAGAACUAGUCAAUGAUAAAUUUUUAAGAUGUAAAACAGAUUUUGAAACUUGUUAAGAAUCAAUAUUCUUAAAAAUUAAUGGGGUUUGAAUGACAAGCAUGGUCAUUCCUAGAGAGAAAAAAAGGAUUUGUACAAAAACGCAGGGGUCUUUUCAAAAGUGGUAGGUUUAGAAGUCUAUGUGUAGGCUGGGUGCAGUGGCUCACGCCUGUAAUCCCAAAACUUUGGGAGGCCGA